GAAACAAAUAAAUGAAGGAAUUUGUUCAAAUAAAAUAAAAUAAAAUAAAUAAUAAAUAAAUCAUCCCUUAUAUCCAAUGACGUUGUUGCUUCUGUUCAUCCCUUGGAUUUUCUUCUUCUCCUUCAUUUCUUCUUUUACUUACCUCAUUCAUCUCUCUCUCUCUCUCUCUCUCUCUCUCUCUCUCUCUCUCUUCAUUCUUCAGUCGCAGCUAUAGCAAGAAAAUCCACUCUUCCGUUACAACACCAACUCAUUCAACUCACCCUUUACUCGCUCUACAACCAUGUCUCAGACUAACUGGGAAGCUGAUAAGAUGUUAGAUGUUUACAUCCAUGAUUACCUAGUUAAGAGGGAUUUAAAGGCUUCUGCUCAAGCUUUUCAAGCUGAGGGAAAAGUAUCCUCUGACCCUGUUGCUAUUGAUGCUCCUGGAGGUUUUCUGUUUGAAUGGUGGUCUGUUUUCUGGGACAUUUUCAUUGCCAGGACUAAUGAGAAGCACUCCGAGGUGGCUGCGUCGUAUAUAGAGACUCAAUUAACUAAGGCAAGGGAACAACAACAACAACAGCAACAACAACAGCAGCAGCCUCAGUCUCAGCAGUCACAGCACGCACAGCAGCAACAACACUUGCAGAUGCAACAACUUAUGUUGCAGAGGCAGGCACAACAGCAGCAGCAGCAGCAGCAACAACAACAGCAGCAGCACCAGCAACAGCCACAAUCGCAGCAGCAGUCACAACCACCACAACAGCAAAACAGGGAUAGGGCUCAUCUCUUAAAUGGUAGUGCAAAUGGGUUAGGUGGCAACCCGGGAACUGCUAAUUCAAUAGCAACAAAGAUGUAUGAGGAAAGGUUAAAAGUCCCCCCACAGAGGGAUUCUUUGGAUGAUGCGGCAAUGAAGCAAAGAUUUGGUGAGAACAUGGGUCAACUCUUGGACCCAAAUCAUGCCUCAAUAUUGAAGUCAGCUGCAGCCAGUGGUCAGCCUUCAGGGCAAGUCUUGCACGGCACUGCUGGUGGGAUGUCUCCACAUGUUCAAGCUCGUAGUCAGCAAUUACCAGGGUCUACACCGGAUAUGAAGAGCGAGAUAAAUCCUGUUUUAAAUCCCAGAGCUGCGGGUCCUGAAGGAUCGUUGUUAGGAAUUUCUGGAUCAAAUCAAGGGAACAACAAUUUGACUUUGAAAGGGUGGCCACUCACUGGUUUGGAGCAACUUCGCUCUGGUUUGCUUCAGCAGCAAAAGCCUUAUAUGCAGGCUCCUCAGCCAUUUCAUCAACUACAAAUGUUGACACCACAGCAUCAGCAACAGCUUCUGCUUGCACAACAGAGUUUGGCAUCACCAUCUGUUAGCGAAGAAAGUAGAAGGUUGAGAAUGCUUUUGAGUAAUAGGAAUAUUGGCCUAAAUAAGGAUGGCCUUUCAAAUCCUGUGGGUGAUGUGUUAUCGAAUGCUGGAUCACCUAUUCACGGUGGUGGCCCUCCUUUUCCUCGUGGAGAUACAGAUAUGCUAAUGAAGUUGAAACUGGCUCAGUUACAGCAGCAACAACAGCAGCAGCAACAUCAACAACAGUCGAGCAUCAAUGCACAGCAGCAGCAGCAACUUCAACAGCACGCUCUUUCAAAUCAGCAAUCUCAGACUUCAAACCAUAGCAUGCACCAGCAAGAUAAAGUAGGGGGAGGUGGUGGUAGUGUCACCAUGGAUGGUAGCAUGUCAAACUCAUAUAGAGGAAAUGAUCAGGUUUCAAAAAACCAGAUGGGAAGAAAGAGAAAGCAACCUGUAUCUUCUUCGGGUCCUGCUAAUAGUUCAGGAACAGCAAAUACGGCAGGCCCAUCACCUAGUUCAGCACCCUCAACUCCCUCAACUCAUACUCCUGGAGAUGCUAUUUCAAUGCCUGCAUUGCCUCAUAAUAGUAAGUCUCUAAUGAUGUUUGGCACUGACGGUACCGGAACUCUUACGUCACCUUCAAAUCAGUUGUGGGAUGAUAAGGAUCUUGAAUUGCAGGCUGACGUGGAUCGCUUUGUGGAGGAUGGAUCUUUAGAUGAAAAUGUAGAGUCUUUUUUAUCGCAAGAUGAUACAGACCCUAGAGAUCCUGUUGGCCAUUGUAUGGAUGUAAGCAAAGGCUUCACAUUUUCUGAUGUAAAUUCUGUACGUGCAAGCUCAAGCAAAAUUGCUUGUUGCCAUUUCUCAUCUGAUGGAAAGUUACUUGCAAGCGGUGGCCAUGACAAAAAGGCUGUUAUAUGGUACACGGAUUCACUAAAACAAAAAGCUGUUCUUGAAGAGCACUCAUCUUUGAUAACUGAUGUCCGUUUCAGUCCAAGCAUGCCGCGUCUAGCAACAUCUUCAUUCGACAAAACUGUCAGGGUUUGGGAUGUUGACAAUCCUGGGUAUUCCCUCCGCACUUUUACGGGACAUUCUACAUCUGUUAUGUCACUAGAUUUUCAUCCAAAUAAAGAUGAUCUUAUCUGCUCCUGUGAUGGUGAUGGUGAGAUACGGUAUUGGAGCAUAAACAAUGGCAGUUGUGUUAGAGUUUCUAAGGGUGGCACUACCCAGGUGAGAUUUCAACCUCGUCUAGGGAGGUACCUUGCUGCAGCUGCUGAGAACAUUGUGUCUAUACUUGAUGUGGAGACACAAGCAUGCCGAUAUUCACUAAAGGGUCAUACAAAGACAAUAAAUUCUAUAUGUUGGGAUCCAUCUGGAGAGUUGAUGGCAUCGGCGAGUGAGGACUCCGUUAGGAUUUGGACUCUUGGAAUGGGAGGUGAUGCAGAAUGUGUUCACGAGCUUAGCUGUAAUGGCAGUAACUUUCACUCGUGUGUUUUCCAUCCGACAUUUCCUUCACUGCUCUUCAUUGGCUGUUAUCAGUCAUUGGAGCUAUGGAACAUGGCUGAAAACAAGACAAUGACUUUGUCUGCUCAUGAUGGUUUAAUUACUGCCUUGUCUGUUUCAACUGUAAAUGGUUUGAUUGCCUCUGCCAGUCAUGACAAGUUCAUCAAGCUAUGGAAGUAACUAACAUGAGGUGAUGGUGUUUCCAAUUGACAAUACUCGGACAGACUUAGGUUUUAAUUAGUGCUUGAUCACACAUUUUGUAGUUAUUCCUCGUUUUUUGUACUUUUUAAACGACUCACGGCCUCUACUCCUUUUGGUGGUUUUUUAUUUUGUAUGUGUUUAGGCUUUAGAUUGCUAACCUAUGUAAUGUAAUGCAAUGUUGAAAGAUUGUCCAACAUGUAACAACUAAUCCAAGCCUGAGUCGGGUAGACUUAUUAUAUAAGGAGACAAAGUUAUCAUAAUGUUUAUAUUUUCCAUUUACAAUAUUCA